UUUAGGUUCGGCGAUCCAAAGCUGCUUCUGGAUCUAUUCUCACUGCUCACUUGACAUUCAAUCACUAUCCAAUCCGCUCGCCUCGCUUCACUAAGAUAGUCACACAAUGAAGAUCCACUGCCUCACAUCUGCCCUCUCCCUCAUCUUCCUCCUCCUAAUCUCUCCAACUUGCGCCCUAAUCGACAGCAUUUCUGCCCCAACAAAAAUUCUCCACCCUGGCGAAAAGUUCAUCGUGACAUUCCACACAUCCCCUUUCAUCCAAAGCAACCAUCAAUUCUACGCUCUCUUCGGGAUAGCGCCCUUCCCCGGCUUAGGGGUGUCGUUCUUGGGGCUUCCCAUCCCGGCUGUGGCCCCCGUUCCUGGUGCAGAUGGCGGAUUGGGUUUGCGUAACCUUGGUAGUGGCCCUGGUGGGAAGGGAAAAUUGGGGAUCGAUAUUGGUGGUAUAGAUUUGUGGGAGGCGAACUUGGGGAACAUUGGUAGCCCGAGGGGAUUCAACGUGACGUUGAGGUUACCUGUCGAUUUGACCACGACGAAAAAUCGAGUGACGAAGUUUGUGCUUCAAACCGGUGUGCUUGGAAUGGUUGGGGCAUCUGGGUUGACGACGCUGUCCUUUUUCAACACCACAAUUAGGACCAAGUCGCCCUAACGCUCCUGAUUCUCUCCGCAAAUUUCCAAGUAAGUCAACGUGUUGCAUCGAUAACGUUUCCGUGUUGGACUACAUUUACAUCUAAAUGGUCUGCGUCUUGGUUCUACUCCAUCCGAUUAUUCAUCACAUGGAAUCCCCUGCCAGGCCCCUACAGCACGUUGUUCCUUUGCUCUGCAUAAAACUUUGGAUCGACCGGUUCAAUUUUUUACCACAUGAAGGCUCACCCAGGAAUUCGAUAUACAAUAAGUAUAUUAAUUCCUUCUACUCCGAACCCGUGCAGCAGAUCGUGCCGCUGCAUUAUCACAUCCCCACAUUUCACUUGUGCUGAGACACUUAUUCUGGACUUCCACACCGGUGAAUGCUAGUCGCCUGAAGA